UUGACAGUUAGGUGGCUAACAGCUGUUAGUAUGUGAAAAAGCCCGUCUUUGGUAAAAAAUGAAUGAUUUUAACAAAAAAGUGAAAAACCCGCUCUUCAAUAAUGCGGUGACUGGAGGUACCAUUGAAGAUUUUUCCCAAAAUGCUUUACUACUCCCAGCUAAAGAAAAAACACCGCCGCCACCACCACCAGUGCUAAACCUUGAACCAGAUCAACCUCCACGUGUUGCAGAGCCAAUAGAUUUCUUGGAAACGGUCCCAACAACCAUUGACACUUUCCAAAACCAGCCACAGACCUCAAACCUAUCCUCGGUUUUCUCCUUUUUAAAAUUGAAGGGAAACUCUCACGAGCCCCAACCCGAAAUUGCUCCACCUCCUGCAGGCAUUGAGAGUAUUUUGAGUCAACCUCCGACAAAUGUUGCACCGGUUCCCUUGUUCCCUUCAAGUGGAAUUACUAAUACGCCCCCAAGUGCCCCUCCGCAAGCCCCAUCUAACACCUACCGAAGACCAGGGCUCAAACGACCCGUCUACGCCCAAGUCCCAGGUUUGAGCAACAACUCGCAACCUCCAGCCCCAAAUUUUUUCCAACCUCCACCCCCCUCCCAAGUUUUUACCACCCCUGUCAUGGCUGCAAUUCCCGCAAAUGAGCUGUUGCAAACUCCUGAAGUCGGUCCUGGAUUAUCAACGGGGCUUAAUGGGGAGACGUUACCCGCAGCGAAUGCCCCUAAUCAGAUUUAUCGACCUGUUUAUCACCACUGGUUUUACAAACGUGAAAUUGAGGGGAAAACUGUCUGGCAACCAUUUUCCAUGGUUGAUUCUCUGGCUCUAGAGCAAGCUUUUACCUCAAAUGAUUUAGAUCCGGAUAAAGUGGUGGCUACUGACGGUGGUCGCUAUGAUGUUAAUAUUUUACGCCGUCAGCGUGACCCUGUUUAUUGGAAGGGGGCCCCGAGUGAAGUCCGGCGCUGUUCUUGGUUCCACAAAGGCAAUUCCGAUGGCAGAUACGUCCCGUAUGAGGAAAACGUCGCGACCAAACUAGAAGAAGAGUUUAAAACCGCAUUUGAAACCAACCAAUGGCACAGAAAAGUUGAAUUGACCAAUGGGGAAACAGUUGUUUUUCAUGCACCUGAUGUCUUGGUCCUUUUCCCACCGACACAGUCACCUGAUGCUUGGGGAAACACACCAAAUCAGUUACGACCCAGAGUUGUCAAAAGAGGAAUGGACGAGUUUGAUAUUGACGAAGGUGAGCCGGCGAAAGUCGACCAUCUUUUGUUUCUAGUACACGGGAUUGGGUCAGUUUGUGACUUGAAGUUUCGCACCGUUGAGGAAGUUGUUGACGAAUUUCGUAGCAUUUCUUUACAAUUGGUCCAAUCGCAUUACAAGUCGUCGUGUGAGAAAGGUAUAGCCAAUCGGAUUGAAGUCCUUCCGAUAAGUUGGCACGAAGAACUGCAUUCGGAAGAUACCGGAAUUGACCGGAAAUUGAAAAGUAUCACACUUGAUAGCAUUCCACGUUUACGUGACUUUACAAACGACACACUUCUCGAUAUACUUUUCUACACAAGUCCUGUUUAUUGCCAAACUAUUAUUUCCACAGUCGGGAAUCAACUAAAUAAAAUAUUUGAGUUGUACAAACAGCGAAAUCCUGAUUUCAACGGCGGAAUAUCACUCGGGGGUCACAGUUUAGGUUCUUUGAUUUUGUUUGAUUUACUUUGCCACCAACAUCCAGAACCAGAGAAAGCAGCAUCUGAAGAUGAGGAUACUAUAGCCCCACUAAAUGAUACAAAGCCGCCCCCAUUGCUACGUCGGAUGAGUCGAAGGAUUAGUUACAUGAUGGGUGCGGUAGGCACCGGACAACCCCAAAUUCAUUACCCUCAUCUUAUGUUCCAACCUAAGGCUUUUUUUGCCUUAGGGUCCCCAAUUGGUAUGUUUGUGACAGUGAGAGGGUUGGAUACACUCGGGGAACAAUUUGCUCUCCCUACUUGUCCCGCUUUCUUUAAUAUUUUCCACCCCUAUGACCCUGUAGCUUAUCGAAUCGAAUCUUUGAUCAAUCCCGAGUUGGCUAAACUCAAACCGGUGCUUAUCCCACAUCACAAAGGGCGGAAAAGAUUGCAUUUAGAAUUGAAGGAAACAAUGGCUCGAGUCGGAGCGGAUUUAAAACAACGUAUUAUUGAUUCAAUGAAAAGCACUUGGAAUUCGUUUUACCAACUCGCAAUGUUUCACCGCCCAGACGAACCCUCUCUGGAGGAGCAAGUCGAUAAAGCCCUUCAAGAGCAGUUACGUAAACAAGAAGAGAUGGAAAGUGACGAACCUGAACAACAACCAACUGAUUUACCUUUAGGUAUUUUGAACAACAACCGACGAAUUGAUUACGUGCUCCAGGAAGCACCGUUCGAGUUUUUCAACGAGUACAUUUUUGCCUUAACUAGUCACGUGUGUUACUGGGAAUCGGAAGACACCAUGUUGUUGAUUUUGAAAGAAAUUUAUUCCAGUAUGAAUAUUUCAACCGAUGAUAAGAUACCUCAACAAACAAUGACUAUUGAAAGACCACCGGCGUCGCCGAAAUCGCAAAGACCGGUUGGUGUAGACCCGACGGCCCCCAUGCAAUGCACCACUAAUUUGGGGCCUCCUCCUAUGACCGGUUUUGUCAAAAAAACAUAGUAUAUGUUAUUUGAGUGGGUGUAUCGGCCGUUAGCGCAGCGAUACGCCCCUUAUUUACUCCAUAAAAGGAAAAUUGCCGGUGCCGAGUUGUAUAAAUAAUGUUAUUGUGAUUUUGUUAGGAAAUAAACAUAUUUUUAUA